CGUUUAAAUUUUAUUAAUUUGGUUUUGAAACCCCUAUUUGAAGCUGACUUAACAAAGUUGGAAGUGUUGGAAGACCUCGGGCUUUGGGUAUUUCGAGUGCCCUAGCUAUCGUGUUCUCAGUUACGUAAAACUUCUGGUAUUUCUUUCUCAACACUCCAUCUUCAUCCUCGUGCUCAACGUACCAACCUGAAUACGGUCAUCAAACAAUCAAUUCGGAGCCAAAAUCGUGCUUCGCUGCCUCGCUAGAUCCGCAGGAGUCUUGUGACGUCGAGGGAAGAUUCCACCACCAUUCCGGCGCUGACUUCACUUGCUGCAGAUCACUUAGUUACAUUUGACAAUAUUCCAUGGGUGACAGUCAAUAUUCAUUCUCACUUACAACCUUCAGCCCUUCUGGAAAACUAGUUCAGAUUGAACAUGCCUUAACUGCUGUGGGUUCUGGUCAAACGUCUUUAGGGAUAAAAGCUUCCAAUGGUGUUGUCAUUGCAACUGAGAAGAAAUUACCAUCCAUUUUGGUUGAUGAAACUUCUGUGCAAAAGAUUCAGAUCCUGACUCCAAAUAUUGGAGUUGUAUACAGUGGCAUGGGGCCUGAUUCUCGAGUUUUGGUUCGGAAAAGCAGAAAGCAAGCUGAACAAUAUCACCGACUAUAUAAAGAACCAAUCCCUGUCACACAACUUGUCAGGGAAACUGCAGCAGUGAUGCAGGAAUUCACUCAAUCAGGUGGUGUGAGACCGUUUGGUGUUUCUCUCUUGGUUGCUGGGUAUGAUGACAAGGGUCCUCAGCUCUAUCAGGUGGAUCCUUCCGGCUCAUAUUUCUCCUGGAAGGCCUCAGCCAUGGGAAAAAAUGUGUCUAAUGCAAAGACAUUUCUUGAGAAGAGGUAUAUGGAAGAUAUGGAACUUGAUGAUGCUGUACACACUGCUAUCCUGACACUCAAGGAGGGAUUUGAAGGGCAAAUUUCUGGCAAAAACAUUGAGAUUGGUAUAAUUGGCGCUGAUAAAGUGUUCAGAGUUCUUACAGCUGCUGAAAUUGAGGACUAUCUUCGAGAAGUGGAGUAAAAGUUUCCUUGAGGGAGGGUAAUUAUCCAAGUUGGUAUCAGUUAAGGAUCUGUUUCUUCAGUGAUCAUCUGAGUUUAUUUUGACCAUCUGAGUUUAUGUAAAAACUCUUCAGAUGGCCUAAAUCUGGUCUUAAAAUGUUGGUUUUUUUUACAUUAAUCUGGUACCUAAUCUGGUGGUUUUUUAGCACAAAUCCUGCUUAAAGUAUUUGUUAUGUAUUGCCCUUGCAACUUGUCUCUGUUCCCGCAACUUCUGAUUAUAUCUGAUUUUGAAUGUAAGUUUUUUUGACGGUAUUAGUGAUUUUCGAAGUUUGGCAUUGUUAUAUUGAGAGCACUGGAAAUACUCUUGAAGCUUUGAGGCUUUAAAAUUUCU